GAGAAACAUCGAGACAAGGAGAGCAAGAAGCAAGGGGAAGGUGAGAAACAUCGAGAAAAGGAGAACGAGAAGCACAGGGAUGGUGAGAAACAUCGAGACAAGGAGAGUGAGAAACACAAGGAUGGUGAGAAACAUCGCGAUAAGGAAGAAAAGCGCAGAGAUGGGGAUAAGCAUAAGGAUGGGGAAAAGCAUAAAGAAAAACACAGAGAUAAGGAAAAAAGAAAGGAAGAAAAGCUAAAAUCCUCCAUGGACAGUGGAAAAGUAAAAAAAGAAAAUGGCUUCUCCAGUCCUGUUCGUGUAAAAAAAUGAACCAGAAGAUGACGGGUACACUCUCUCUCCCAAAGAGAACAAGGCAAUGAAGAGAUCCAGAGAUGAUGAAGAUUCUGAUUACAAGCCCAAAAAAAUUAAAACUGAAGAUAGCAAGAAGGCAAAAAAACGAAAGCAAGAAGAGGUGGAUGUAAAACCUAAGAAAAACAAGAAUAAAGUCAAAGGGCAGGAGGGUGAAGUUAAGAGGAAAAAAGUGAAAAAAGAGGAGGAGGAGAAGUGGAAAUGGUGGGAGGAGGAACGUCAUACAGACGGAGUCAAGUGGACCUUUUUGGAACACAAAGGACCUGUGUUUGCUCCACCUUAUGAACCUGUCCCAGACAAUGUGAAGUUUUACUAUGAUGGUAAACAAGUCAAGCUCAGCCCCAAAGCCGAGGAAGUAGCCACUUUCUUUGCAAAAAUGUUGGAUCACGAAUACACUACAAAAGAUGUCUUCAGGAAAAACUUCUAUAAAGACUGGAAGAAGGAAAUGACAUCUGAGGAACAAAGUCUCAUCACCAACCUGAGCAAGUGUGACUUCACUCAUAUGAGCUCGUACUUCAAAGCUCAGUCUGAGGCCAGAAAGCAGAUGACCAAGCAGGAGAAACAGAAAAUCAAAGAGGAGAAUGAGAGGUUGGUGCAGGAAUAUGGCUACUGUGUCAUGGACAACCACAAAGAAAGAAUUGCCAAUUUCAGGAUAGAACCUCCGGGCUUGUUCAGAGGCCGAGGAAAUCAUCCCAAAAUGGGAAAGCUUAAGAGGAGGAUCAAUCCUGAAAAUAUCAUCAUUAACUGCAGCAAAGACUCAAAGGUCCCCCCUGCUCCCUCUGGACAUAAGUGGAAGGAAGUCAGACAUGACAAUAAAGUUACAUGGCUUGUCUCCUGGACGGAAAACAUCCAAGGAUCUAUCAAGUACAUUAUGUUGAAUCCUAGUUCACGUAUUAAGGGAGAGAAGGACUGGCAGAAAUAUGAGACCGCCCGUAGGCUGAAGUUGUGUGUUGAUAAGAUCCGUAAUUCUUACAAAGAAGACUGGAAAUCCAAGGAAAUGAAAGCCAGACAGAGAGCUGUUGCACUGUACUUUAUUGAUAAGCUUGCUCUGAGAGCUGGUAAUGAAAAGGAGGAAGGAGAGACGGCUGACACUGUAGGCUGCUGCUCAUUGAGAGUGGAACAUAUAAAACUUUUCCUUGAGAUGGAUGGUCAGGAAUAUGUGGUCGAGUUUGACUUCCCCGGUAAAGAUUCCAUCCGCUACUACAACAAGGUGCCUGUGGAGAAAAGGGUUUUUAAGAAUCUGCAACUUUUUAUGGAAAAACAAACAACCUGAGGAUGACUUGUUUGAUAGGCUCAAUACAAGCAUUUUAAACAAACACCUUCAGGACCUGAUGGAUGGACUGACAGCCAAAGUGUUCAGAACAUACAACGCCUCUAUUACCCUACAGCAGCAACUGAAGGAGCUCACAAACGGCGAUGAUAAUGUCGCUGCCAAAAUCUUGUCUUACAAUCGUGCCAAUAGAGCUGUGGCUAUAUUAUGUAACCAUCAGCGUGCUCCACCUAAAACCUUUGAGAAAUCUAUGAUGAACUUGCAGACCAAGAUUGAUGCCAAGAAGGAUCAGCUAACAGAUGCACGACGAGAGCUGAAAAGCGCCAAAGCAGAUGCCAAGGUCAAACGGGAUGAAAAGACAAAGAAGUUGGUGGAAAGCAAGAAGAAGGCUGUACAGAGGAUAGAAGAGCAGCUGAUGAAACUGGAGGUUCAAGCCACAGACAGAGAAGAAAACAAACAAAUUGCUCUAGGAACCUCCAAACUUAACUACUUGGACCCAAGAAUCUCUGUAGCUUGGUGUAAAAAAUUUGGUAUCCCCAUUGAGAAGAUCUACAACAAAACACAGCGAGAGAAGUUUGCUUGGGCUAUUGACAUGGUGGAGGAUGACUAUGAGUUUUAA